CUUCUUUUCUAACCUAACGAUAAGCCUUACCUCUUCUUUCGGCGAGACGCUAGUUUUUUAUUGGCGCCUCCGCGUGAUCACAACGAUCUCAUCUCAGUUGUGGGUUAUUAGACUGUUUCGGUUUCGAUAUAUGGAAAAGGACUUGGAAGAAGUGGGAAACUGAGGAGAGCAAUCUGUGAUCCUAGUGAUGAAUUUUAUUUGGUCUGCUAUUAUAUUGGUCUGGUUUUAUGUGUGGCACACGAAGCUGGCUGGUUUUAGAAUGAGAAUGGGCUCGCCAUGUCGGCGGCGACAAUGAUCAAAGCCAUGGUUGGUGUAACUGUCUCUAUCUUCAUAGUAAAUGGGCGGAGCCAGCGACACUGAAGAACAACAGCUAAAUGCAGUAAUGGAAACAGCACCACCGCCCACGAGGCGCAGGAAAAGGAAGUCAAUGGUAUGGGAGCACUUCACUGUUGAAGCUGUGCCUGGAGGGUGUACGAGGGCUUGCUGUAAGCUUUGCAAGCAAACUUUUGCAUACAGCACUGGUUCAAAGAUUGCCGGAACAAGCCAUCUCAAGAGGCAUAUUGCUCUCGGAUCUUGUCCUAAAAUUAAGUCGCAAGACAGGAAACAGCUUGCACUUGCGGCAGGUUUAAAGACUGAUGAUGGGGAAAGCCCUGAUCCUCCUAAAAGACGCUAUAGAACAUCUAGUUUUCUGAAUGCGCAAUUUGAUCAGGAUAUUUGCAAUGAAAAUCUUGCAAAGAUGAUCAUUCUGCAUGAGCUUCCUCUCUACAUGGUUGAGCACUUGUCUUUUGUGGCCUUUGCUCAGAGCCUUCAACCACGCUUCAAGAUGCUAACUUGUGAAGCCAUUGAAACAGAAAUCAUGGCAGUUUAUCAGAAGGAAAGACACUAUCUCUUGCAAAUUUUUGGAACAAUGCUUGGAAGGAUUAGCCUCACUAUAGGGUUAUGGACGACCAGUCAGACUCUUGGAUAUGUUUGCCUUAAUGGACAGUUCAUUGACAGUGAUUGGAAGCUGCAUAGAAGAAUGCUAAACUUCAUGAUGGUAUCUUCUCCACAUUCUGAGAAUGCAUUGAGUGAAGUAAUUGGCAUUAGCCUUUCUGAAUGGAACAUGAAGGACAAGUUGUUCACCAUUACUUUAGACAACAAUUGCUCCUCGCAUGACAUCUAUAGUGCAAAUCUCAGAGAUCAUCUUUCCAACAAGAACACGCUUAUGCUUAAAGGGCAGCUGUUUGUUGUGCGUUGCUAUGUCAAUAUCCUGAAUGUGAUUGCACAGGAUGUCAUAGCUUCUAUUCAUGGGAUAGUCUACAACAUUCGCGAGAGCGUAAAGUUUGUAAAAGCAUCUCCAACACGUGAGGAAAAGUUUGCCGAAAUUUCUCUUCAGGUUGAGAUCCCAAGCACAAAGAGCCUUAGCCUUGAUAUUACAACGCAGUGGAACACAACUUACCACAUGCUCGUGGCCGCCCUGGAGUACAAACAAGCUUUUACUGUGCUGGAGACUUGUGAUGAUAAUUACAAUGAAGCACCAUCACAUGAUGAUUGGAAAAAGGUUGAAGUCGUUUGCUCUUUCCUAAAGCUUUUGUAUGACUCUGCAAGUAUUAUCUUAGUUGCGCCUGAUCCAACUUCAAACAUAUUCUUCCAUGAAGCGUGGAAGAUUCAGCUAGACUUGGCUCAUGCCGUAGCUAGCGAUGAUGCUGUAGUGAGUAGUGUUGCAAAAGAUAUGCACGAGAAGUUUGACAAAUAUUGGAGAGAUUGCAGCCUUGUGCUGGCAGUUGCAAUAGUUAUGGACCCUCGGUUCAAGUUGAAGCUUGUUGAGUUCAGCUUCUCAAAAAUCUACGGGGAAGAUGCUACUAGGUAUGUCAAAGUGGUCAAUGAUACCAUUCAUGAGCUUUUUCUCGAGUAUGUUGCACAGCCUCUUCCAUUGACUCCAGCUUAUGUGGAGCUGGGGGAGGCCAAUGCUAGCAUCCAUGGGAAUGAGGGUAAUUCUCCGAUUACUCCAUUUUCAGCCGUGGAUGGGCUUCAUGAUUUUGACAUCUAUAUAUCUGAAAUAUCUACUACCCUUAGUACGAAGUCAGAGCUGGAUCAGUAUCUAGAGGAAGCUCUAGUUCCAAGAAUUCAGGAGUUUGACAUCCUGAGCUGGUGGAAGCUUAAUAAUAUAAAGUAUCCUACUCUGUCCAAAAUGGCUCGUGAUGUCUUAGCCAUCCCAAUGUCUAUGGUUAGUAGUGCGAGCGGUUCUUUAUUUGGCACCGGAACAGGAAGCCGAGUUCUUGACGAGUAUAGGAGCUCUUUGCGCCCAGACAUUGUUGAGGCCCUUUUCUGUGCGAAAGAUUGGCUGCAGUAUCUGCCAACAAUGAUGGAACCACCCUCCAACGCCAUUGUAAAGAUGGAAAUAUAGGUAAAUAUGAGAAUUCUAGACGUCUGGUCCCCCCACCCCCCAAAAAGGCAGCAUUUUAGAUAUGGUGUACUUCCCAAGCACUGCAGCUUUUAGUGUUAAUCAGGCAUGGGUGUUUGCUUUCAUACCCAGUGGUGCUAAUAUUUCUUUAUGCGUGGCCGCUCUGAGUGUGUCGUGUGUCUGCGUGCACAUCAAUUCGGCAAUCUUAUUGAAUGUCUGAAUAAAAUUGUAUUGAUGGCCAUUUUAGAUGACAUUAA